AUGAGCGGAAGUAAUACAGGGAAGGAACUUAAAUGUAGUAGGAAUGCGGGAGGUCUGAAUGCAAGUGGGAAACAGUUGGGGGAAAUGGUAACGGAACUCCAAAGUGGAAGGAACCUAGCAGUUGAUAUUUUACGUGCCGCAUGCUGUGUUCUUGGCGCUUAUACAAAGAAUAUUAGGGGAGAUGGAGGCUGUGAUCUCCUGUACUAUUUAGUAGGAAGUAUAGUAUAUAAGAAAUUAGGAAGGGAACAUGAUUUUGGGAGAACUAUGAAUAAUUUGUACAAAGUACUGGGACAAAUGCUCAAUACAAGUGAGUGUAAAAUUGAGGAUCAUACUAAUGGUGAAAGUCUUUUCGCCAAAAUGGAACAACUGCACGAAUAUAAUUUGAGCCCUGAUGGAACAUGGGAAGAGAAGGGGAAUCCCAAUCAAGUGAACUGUGGGAUGUGCACUAAUUAUUUGAAGGAGAUUGCAGAAGCAUGCGGGAAGGUAAAAACAUAUUGUAGGGACCCAGGAAAUAGUCACAGUUGUGAAGGUAUUGGAGAAGCAAUGCAUAAACAUAGUCCUGAGUACGUGUUACACUUAAUAUAUGGCAUAAUUCCUGAGUUCGAGGGCACUUUAAUGGAAGAGAGGAAACAGGAAGACGAGAAUCCAUGUUUAAAUAAAUUACCUUCACAAGGAAUGUACAAUAAAUUUCAGAAGGACCUAAGCGCGUGCAGUUCUGAUGAUUCUGUAGAGGGAAUGAAGGCUAAUUUAAGGGGAGAUACAAAUAUUGAGGCCUCUAUGGACUACAUUUUAAAUGCUUGGUGUACUGUGUCCAAUAUAGAAGUGGGCAAUAAUUUAUGCGAUGAACGCUGGAAUUUUUUAUAUUACUGGGUAGGAUUUACAUUAUCCGAUACACCCGUAGGAGACUCAUUCUCAGGUCUUAUGAAAAAAGUUUACAGUACACUAGGGAACUGUUCUUCAGGAAGUAAGUGCGAUAUUAUACACACUAGUGAUGUCAGCAGGAACUUUCAUCAGCAGAUGAGGACAGUGCACGCUUACUGUCAGGACUAUAAUACUAUAGAACAGCAAUCGGAAGUUAGUGGCAAUUCCUGCAAAGAAAUAUAUUAUACAUACCUGGAAGGUGUUAGUACGGCUUACAAAGCUGUAAUGCAGCACUGCGCGCAAGAUACUACUAAAGGAUAUUGCCAAGAAUUUAAAAGAAAAUAUGAGAAAUACGGUGGUCCCGUAUUAUCAGAUUUGAUGUGUUCUUUAAAAUAUACCGCAGAUUGUCCAACCAACAACAACCACAUCACCACUUCUGCUGCUGCUAUCUCGUCCACCCUAGCGCUCUUAGGUUUACCGGCGGCUGCUUUCUUUUCAUACAAGGUACAACUACCAUUAUAA